GCGUGCAUGACUUUGCUUUGAAAUCAUCCUCCACAUGCAAAGUCUGAGGGAACCAAAAAUAGUAAAUUAGAGAGAAAAAAAAAAACAAAGAGAGUGAUACAGACUCAGUGAGUUUUAGAAAGAGAAAAUACACACGAUGGUUAAACUUGUGGCAGUAAUACUUUCAGUCCUGAGUAUCUGCCCUUUAGCUUACAGCUGCGCGCCUUCAGAUAGGGCAGCUUUGCUAGCUAUCAAAGCUGCCCUGAAUGAGCCCUACUUCGGCAUUUUCAAGUCAUGGACGGGCCCUGAUUGUUGCAAGAACUGGUACGGAGUGAGUUGUGACCCGGAGGUGCACCGAGUCGCCGACAUCAACCUCCGUGGUGAAUCGGAGGACCCCAUCUUUGAAAAGGCUCACCGGACCGGUUACAUGAAUGGAACAAUCUCUCGAGCGAUUUGUCGGCUCAAUAGGCUCUCAAGCCUAACCAUUGCUGAUUGGAAGGGCAUUUCUGGCACAAUCCCCCCAUGCAUUACAUCUUUACCCUUCCUAAGAAUCGUCGACUUGAUCGGAAACAAGCUCACCGGUGAACUUCCAGCUGAUAUUGGCCGACUGAGUCGACUCACUGUGUUAAACGUGGCAGAUAAUCAACUUACCGGGAGGUUACCAAGGUCAUUAACGAACUUAUCUUCAUUAAUGCAUUUAGAUCUACGUAACAACUUAUUUAGAGGUACAAUUCCUAGAAACUUUGGGAAAUUAAGAAUGCUAAGCCGAGCUUUGCUAAGUCGAAAUCGACUUCAAGGGCAAAUUCCAAACUCAAUUUCUUACAUUUAUCGGCUUUCGGAUUUAGAUCUUUCACUGAACCGACUUUCGGGCACGAUCCCACCUUCACUAGGCAAAAUGCCCGUUUUGGCCACGUUAAAUCUUGAUGGUAACAAUAUUUCUGGUACCAUUCCCCCUACUUUGCUUAAUUCGCGAAUUGGCACAUUGAAUUUGAGCAAAAAUGCACUUGAAGGUAAUAUUCCUGAUACAUUUGGGGCAACGUCAUAUUUUAUGGUUCUUGAUUUAUCGUAUAAUCAGCUCAAAGGAGGCAUUCCCAAGUCUAUACUAUCCGCCACCUUCAUUGGCCAUUUUGACGUCAGCCAUAACCACCUAUGUGGGCCGAUUCCAGUAGGUUCCCCGUUCGAUCAUCUUGAAGCGUCGUCGUUUGUUUACAAUGACUGUCUAUGUGGGAAGCCACUUAGAGAAUGCUAAGCAAAAGUAGUUUGUCAAGUUAAUUACUAUGCGAUGCGAUCCAUACUAUGGAGUUUUUUCUUGUCUUUCUUUUUAAAGGUUAAUACUUGUAUGUUGAAAAUGUCUGUACUAAUGACUUACUAUAUAUACUAUAUUACAUUAGUUAACUAAAAA